UGCGCUCUUGAUUCGGCAGUUCUAUUCGCAACAGUUAGCUUUCCUGCAGCUAUCCGUGAGCGAGCUACUGGUCCAGAAUGCAUCUAUGGAUAUGGACGUCGUCUCUCCUCCUUUGUCCAGCACUUGGACAGACUGUGCUCGACUUUGUUAAUCCUCUAAUAGGGACAACAAAUGGAGGACAUGUCUUUCCUGGGGCUACUUUGCCUUUUGGCAUGGCCAAGGCGGUUGCUGAUGUUGACCAAGAAAAUCAGGGAGGGUUCUCUUUGGGCGACAAUAAAAUCACCGGCUUUAGCCAUUUGCAUGAUUCUGGGACCGGAGGGAGCACGAGUCUAGGCAACUUUCCCUUGUUCGCGCAAACAGGCUGUCCAGGGGAUGACCUCAACCGGUGCCUGUUUCCAAAGGCCCUGCGAGCGACAAGGGGAAUCAACUCAACUAUACAGGCCAGUCCGGGGUACUUUGCAGUAUCUCUAAACACCUCUGUCCAUGCAGAGAUGACUGUGUCGAACCACACGGCGCUGUACCGCUUCACAUUCCCGACAAGCACCGCACUCCCGUACCACCCCCUGAUCCAUGCAGACCUCACCGAUCUGUCAGAUUCCAGGAGCAACGGAACCAUGUCAGUCGAUCCGGCCACGGGAAGGCUGACUGGCAGCGGUACAUUUCGGCCGUCGUUUGGCAUCGGCUCCUACACGAUGCACUUUUGCGCAGAUUUCAAGGGCGCAAGCAUCCGCAACACGGGAGUUUGGGUCAACACCCGAGCAGGGCCUGAUCCAAAGACGGUGAGGGUUUACGACGAUGGGCAGAACCCCCCGAUGCCGGCUGGUGCCUGGGUGCAGUUUGAGGCGCCCGAGGACAACCAAAUCCUAGCCCGCGUGGGAGUGUCAGCCAUCAGCGCGGCGCAGGCUUGUAAGAGCGCCGAGACAGAGAUUCCAGGAUUCGACUUUGACGGCACGCACAACGCCGCGAGGGAGGUUUGGGCUCGGAAGCUAGAUGCGAUCAAGGUCGACUCUGCGGGCAUUAGCAAGUCUGUUAUGACGACGUUUUGGUCGGGAGCUUACCGCGGUCUGAUUUCGCCCCAAGAUUAUACCGGUGAAAAUCCCCUGUGGAAUAGCUCAGAGCCUUACUACGAGUCUUUCUACUGUAUUUGGGACUCGUUUCGUAUCGUUCAUCCAUACCUCACCUUGAUUGAUCCCCACAGCCAGACACUCAUGGUCAGGACACUCCUCGACAUCUACCGCCACGAGGGAUACCUCCCUGACUGCCGUAUGAGCUUCUGCAAAGGCCUGACCCAAGGUGGCAGCAACGCGGAUGUUGUGGUAGCGGACGCGUAUCUGAAGAGGGCGGGCCUCGGAGAAGGGAUCGAUUGGAAUGUGGCAUACGAAGCAGUGGUCAAAGACGCCGAAGUUCAACCACCUAUUUGGACAGUCGAAGGACGUGGUGGUCUCCAGAGCUGGAAGACGCUCGGGUACAUACCGGCGGACGACUUUGACCCCAGCGGCACCGGGCUCUUUACGCGCUCCAUCUCACGGACAGUCGAGUACGCCUACAAUGACUUUUGCAUCGGCCUCAUGGGCAAGGGAAUUGGUGGCAAGGAGGCCGAUGUAGAAAAGUACAUGAAGCGAGCCGACAACUGGGGAAACCUGUUUGACGAGCAAGCGGGCUCGAUUCUCAACAGGUCGAACUCGCUGGUCGACACGGGGUUCAAGGGAUGGCUGCAGCCCAAAUACCUCAACGGCACAUUUGGGUGGCAGGACCCAAGCUUCUGUCAACCGAUCAACCAGUUCACGAGCUGCUAUCUCAACCCCAGCGGCCACGAGACAUACGAAGGGGGUAGCUGGCUGUACACCUUUUACGCCCCUCAAGACAUGGCGCGGCUCAUUCUGAAGAUGGGCGGGCCCAAGGGAUUCGUGGAUCGACUGACGUAUUUCCACACCACGCCGGAUCUGCUGUACAUGGGCGACGAGCAGGCCUUCCUGCUGAUUUAUCUGUUUCACUACGCGGGGCGCCCGGGUUUGUCGGCCAAGUAUGCGCACUUUUACAUUCCGUCGCAGUUCAACGACACGAUGGCGGGAAUCCCGGGCAAUGACGACAGUGGCGCCAUGGGAAGCUUUAGCACCAUGGCCAUGCUGGGGUUGUAUCCCGUGGCUGGUCAGGACGUCUACCUGAUAACUCCGCCGUUUUUCCGCGAGGUCAACCUGACGAAUGCAGUGAGCGGCAAGACUGCGACGGUGAGAAGCGUGAAUUUUGACGCUGCGUACGCAAACAUUUACAUCCAGAGCGCGACGCUGGACGGGAAGCCUUAUACGAAGAACUGGAUCACGCACGACUUUUGGGUCAAGGGGGGAGUUUUGGAAUUGACUCUGGGUCCUAAUGAAAGCACUAGCUGGGGAACGGCGGACGGAGAUCUGCCACCGAGUCUCUCGACUGGCGGGUUUGUAUAGAUGCGGAGGAGCGUGGCAAGCAUGGC